CAUACAACCUGAAGGAUAGACCACACCGUAAAAGAUACCGCAUAGAUCACCCAGUGGCUAAGGUACAGGUGGCUGGACCCCGCGCAGGCACCAUCAUGAUGCCCUGGUUGAUAUGUCUAGUCUGACAUGCGGUAAUGGGGCACAGUGUCUCAAGGAGCCUUUUACGCAGAGGUCUGCUUCACACCUAUUGGGGUCUUUUUCUGGCGUCUACAUUGGGCCAAAUCGCGGACACGUUUCCUGAUGCAGGGUCAGACGGCACUGGCAGGCUUCUCUUGCGUCCUGACUCCUGCGCAACCAGUUCCCCACGAUGCUGCCGUUGCCGCGCGAGCUAUAAGGAUCCGAGAAAGAGUGCGAUGCACGGUCGUAGGAUUAUGGAAUUUAUGAAUUGGCUGAAAGUAUCAUGGUCAGAUAUGACAUUAUUCAUGGAGUGUUAUUCUGAAGACAUGGCCUUCGAACGAGACUCGACAUGGACUGGAUGUUGGGAUCGUGGAUAUUCCCAGUCCUGCGCUAUCGGCACGCCUCUUAGCGGCCCGCCCCCCAGCCACCGCCCGCUGGCGCAGCCCGUCCAGUCCUUUGUUCAAUCAGAGUGGCGCGUUUGCGUGGCGCCCACCCUCCAGUCUCCAGACUUCCAGAGCUCAGCGACCGCCCACGUUUCUCUCUCUCCUCGCACCUGUUGCCCUCAAUGACCCGCAAGGCUGGUGGUCCCCUGGACUAGCAAGGGCCCGAUGUACCUCUCAGUGCGUCUCACGCAGCCGAGGUACUUGCGCUUGGCAUGACGCCCAUCCUUGCCCAUGCACAUCACGCUCGUCACCCGUGUGAAGAUGGUCUCAGAUCUUCGUUCAGCCGCGGAGGGCCGCUGCCGCCUGCAUGGUCAGCUCAGCUGCUAAUUACUGCGGCGGCGGCGUCGUUCUUUCGCUGAGUGAUUUGCACUUUUGAUUCUCUCCUUUCCUUGAUCAUGCGCACGCGUCUCACUCAAACGAACCUG